GACUCAGAGGGAGGCGAUACUGAUGGAGCUGACACCUCCAUCUCGUUUGGAGCACUAAUUGGAGGAGCAGUGGGUAUUUUUCUCGUCAGUAUUGCAGCCGGGAUUUUGAUCGCCUUUGUUGCACACAAGUGCCGUGAGAAUAUGAAGAAAAAGUCAGAAUCAGGAGCAGUGAAUGCUGGGUACAAUCCACCACUCAGUCCCCCUACACCUAACUACUCAGCUGCUGUUGGUGAUCCUGCAACCAGAGUCAAUGUGGCAUACAGCAAUAGAGAGCCUGCAACAGCCAUCAACGCGGCCUAUCACUAUGAUACAACUAAUCAGACAGUACAGUACGACUACAUUUGAACUUGGUGUGUUGA